UUCACUGCUGUGCUAUAAUGUUUUUACAUCUGGCAUCCCUGAUACCAUGUUUUUGAUUAACAUGUCAAAAAUUCCAGAAAAUUGUUUAGAAAACAAAGUGUUGUUCCAGACGAUCAUGGAUGAAGAAGAUUACCUAGAUGAGCAAAAGAAUGGCCAGCACUGCAGUUUGUGCCUACACUGGAUAAAUGAGUCAUCUUUUGCUGAACAAAUGGUUGAUAUUGCCGCUACCAAUGAAGAUUCGUGUGGCUCCCUCGCCGACAAAAUUAAGGACUAUUUGAAAUUAAACAUCGACCCAAGUGACACCGCCAGUAAAAUUUGCUUGAACUGUGUGCACACGAUUAGUUUCAUAGACGAAUUCCAGAAACUUUGUCGUCAAAUCCAAAAUAUUUACGAUUCGGCACAGUUUUGCUUCAGCGAUGCAAUGAGAUGGCAAAGCUACAAUAAUCACGUCAGCGAGCUGCGGGCACUGCUUAGCGAGCAACGGGAAUGGUUUGAGAACGCCCUUACUGCUACCAGCAUCGUGGAUUCAGCUGUUAUUUGCAACGAUUUCGACAAUAUAGCUUCUCCCGAAUUCGUUCAAGUAAAAGUGGAACAGAUUGAGAAUGAACCAAAGUGCGAUGAGUCUUUGAUUGUGGUCAAAACGGAAAUUGAAGUGAACGAACCGGUUCCAACGCCUUCCGAGCGUGCAACGAGCAACGACCGAUCUACAAUUAUUGAAGAUCGAUUUUCACGAUUUCAAUUGAAAUUAAAAAUUGCACAUGAAUUGCAAGCGCAAAAAUCUAGCAAACCUGAUUUGAAGGCUGUUGGCGAGAAAAUAAAUUUUGAAUUUCACGAGAUAAAUCAAUUGUGGGACGAAAUGGUAAAUUUCUACAGAACUUCCAAAAAACGCGCUUCUGCUGGACAUGAUGCUUCUAUUUUUCGCUGCCGCAGAUGUCCAUUGUUCACCAUAUUGAACGUGAUAAUACCUAAAUACGAACACCACAAACCAUAUAACAUUAAGGCCGCUAAAAAUAAUGACGAGACACAUUUACUAUCCAGCAGAAAGACAUCUAUCAAUCUGGACGUUGCUAUUGCGGAGGAAAUAGAGGCUCAUCCUGAAUUGUGGGAUUUUUCUAUUAGUUGCUCCGUACAGAGCAUGAACAACGCCUGGAAAGAUGUUACACGAAAGUUGGCCAUGAAUAUGACUACCUUUCGAAGACAUUGGCGUCGUUUGCGGGAUAACUAUCGUGCUCAUAAAUUACGCGAGAUGAAAGGUACUUUGCAGCAGGAUCCAGCAGAUGAUCAGUACGAGCAUCUGAUCUCGCUUCUACACAAAUUUUUCGGAAACACUAUGACUAUUCGGCUUCCCGAGGGUACUGUCGAACAGAACGAACAGACAGAGGGAGAAGAUGACGUCGAAGAAGAACAUGACGGCGACCUUUAUAAAAAGGAACAGCAACUAGCGCUGGCACAAGAGUUCCAAAAGUAUCCCAACAUUUGGUGCUACAAACAUCCAGAUUUUCUCAACAUAGAGAAGCGGAAUUAUAUUUUAGAUAAUAUCGCUGAAAAUUUGGCUACCGAUCGUGAAACCGUGAAGCGAGAGUGGGCACGGUUAAAAAAUACGUUUCAUAAUCGAUAUUUACGUCUGAUGAAAGGACAACUUCAGAGUGACGAUGCUCUGAUAGUUGAACCGCUUUACCAAGUGUUCGAUGGGAUGUUUGGAGAAACCACUGGGAAUCAAAAAGAUGAGGAGGAUGAUCCAGACAAAAAAUUCGACAAUGAAACUAAGCUAGAGUUCGCAAAAGCUUGCUACGAUAACGAUAUCCUCUGGAAUAUGAAACAUCCAGACUACGAUGCCCAAGACAAACGUAAUACGGUCUGGGCCUUGAUUGCGCUGCAGUUUGGUGUGUCUCAGGAGAAAAUAAGGAAUGAAUGGGGUUUCUUGCGUGAUAUGUACCGAAGUCAGUACUUGCACGCCCAGAGCAAUUCGAGAAGGAAAAGAAAAAACGAAUCAUUGAUGACGCCUUUGCGUCUACUGAUGAAAAGCAUGUUCGAAGAGCAAAUGAUUAGCCUAUAUGUCCAAGAAAAGCAUAUACGAACUGUAAGUAGGUAUAAAAAAGGUAUCAAAACAAGGCAAGUGAAAAAGAUUGAAAUGAAACCAUUCGGUACACCAGAAGCAAGGCUAAAGCUGUUAGAGGAAAUAUCAACGCACGAUAUCAUCUGGAACGUAAAUAACCCCAAUUUCAAGAAAGAGGCGCUGCGUGUGGGAGUAUUCGAAAAAAUCGCAGAGAAAUUUGACCAAACUCCUUCAAUCAUAAAAGAAGAGUGGAAGAAACUUAAAACUUUACGUCGACAUCUGAAGCGUCGGAUUGCUCACGGCAGUCUGGAUCCAAAUUCAGACGAUAUGGAUCCGUUGCAUGCUCUGCUAAUGAAACUUCAGUCUCCUAAACUCACAAAAACAGUGGAUGAUGUCCUGUUGAGUGAAGAGGAGUCAUAUCCCAAGCGGCGAUACGUUGGUAAGCGAAGUUUCAGUGAUGAUGGAUGUAUAAAGCUCGAAGUGAACGGAACUGUACGAUACGCAAAAGUGUGCGAGCUCUGCGGAAAGCAGGUUGAGAGGUCCCAUUUCGAGUACCACAUGAAUGCGCACUAUGGUCACACGCCGUAUGCGUGCUCUUUCGAAGGGUGCGAUAAAAAGUAUAGUAACAAAAGCAUUCGUGAUAAACAUGAGAUAGCAGUCCACAGCGAGGAUGGUUACAAAUUUCCGUGCGAUCGGUGCGAUAGGAAAUUCAAACAGAAGUACAAAUACGAGUAUCACUACGCCGUCCAGCACAAGAGCCUGGAGCUUCCGUGUAGUAUUUGCGGCAAGCUGCUGCCGCACAACCUAGUUCUCAAAAGACACAUGCGUAUUCAUGUACAAAACUAUGAGUGUCACAUUUGUGGCAAAGUGGUGCAGAAAAAGCACACAUUAAAAGUCCACAUGCGUGUUCACACCAAAGAAAAACCAUACCAAUGUGAGCUUUGCGAGCAACGGUUUAUGCUGAAUGUUCAACUGAAGACCCAUCUGCUUAAGGUACACGACGUCGUGUUAGAGAAGAUGCAAACUCAAGUGUUAAAUAAAAGUUAGUAGGAGCUGGCUUUCUUUUCAUAUUAUUGAA